AUGGCUUGGCUUCCGCUGAACAGUAGAUUAAAAAAUCGGUGGAGGGAGACAGCAAAGCAGCGGGGCGCCGGAGUCCAGGGCGAGGCCGCGAGGGAGGGAUGGCUGCGCCGGCGCUGAGCCUGUCUCGCUCCCCGUCGUCCUCCGUCUCCUCGUCACCUGUCGAUCGUUGUCCCCGAUCUACCGCUGUCUUCCGGCGCUACGGCCCGUCCUUCGCCUACAAACCUGCCGCAGGAAUUUGCUCUGCUAGCCAGGCAAUUGAAUUGCUGCCUUCGUUGUACCCUGAAAUUGUUGUCCGAGAUGCACAGCUCGAGGAUUGUUGGGAAGUAGCUGACACUCAUUGCAGCUCUUUCUUUCCGGAUUACAAGUUCCCAUUGGACCUUGUUCUACGGAUUGAUCGUUACAUUGCUCUUCUAUCUGGAUUUUCAGUUCCACCCGGGUGCAUGAGGACUUGCCUCGUCGCAGUCAAUUCUAAUUCUGUAAAUAAUAGCUUCAACAUUGAGUGUGGAGAUCCUCGAGAUGCCAGAUUUCAGAAAUACAAUCUCAGCAGAGGCUCCAUAGCUGGCAUUCUUACAAUCGACACAGUGGCAGACUAUCUUCCGAGAAGGGGACCCCUGAAGCAGAGAAGGUAACAAGGGCAAGCAAAAAAGGAACAUUCGAUUUGAUCAAUGACAUCUAACAUAGUGUGAUCAAACAAUUCUCAACUGAAGCGGGAAGGGAGCGAACACUACCAUCAAUUUUGCUAUAUAUGCUUCCGUCUGUUUGGGAUGUCUAAAGAUGUUCAAUUAUUGCAUUCGAGGAUAUUUUCAAAAUGUGCAUGAACAAGUAUUUUUUUCCCCUUAAAAGCCACGCAAAAUUAUUUCCAACUUGUGCAGAACAGGUAUUGCUUAUAUAGCAAAUGUCGCAGUGCGAAAGGAGGAACGUCGGAAAGGGAUUGCUAAAAUGUUGGUCCAAGAAGCAGAGGUGCGAGCGAGGAGUUGGGGAUGCCAGACCAUGGCAUUGCAUUGCGAUGUAAACAACAUAGCUGCCCUGCACCUUUACAAAAAUCAAGGUUUCAAAUGCAUCCGUGUACCAGAAGGAGCUAAAUGGCCGGAACCUAAGAUUGCUAAAGGAGUGCAAUUCAGUUUCAUGAUGAAGCUGGUGCCUAAGAUUUGAGCUGUUCAAGUAAAUUGGUCAGAAAAUGAAGUUGGAAUACGUAGAUACUGCAUAGAUGCACCAGUUGCUCCUUUCACAUGUACAGCAGCUGGUACAUAGUUGAGCUACUUUGUAAAUGGCAUAUAACAGCCACGUAUUGUUGCCCCAAAGUUGUGAGGGCGUUAUCACUUCUUCACAUGACCUGAUCCAGGGCUCCUUACAGAUAGCCAGGAGAACCAAAUAAAAUCUUACAAUUUCGACACCCA